AUGGAAGUUGCCCAUACAGAUAUAUUACUAGGAGCAAUAUACGUUCCACCCCAAACUUUGCCUCCAAUUGAAUUAUUUAAAGUUUUUAAAGGCAAAGAAUUCUUUUUGUUUGGAGCAGCUAACACUAGUGGAGUUGCGAUAAGCAAUUGGAUUAAAGAAUCAGGAUUUGAAGGUAUUUUUCCAUCAACAGCUAUAUCAAAAAGAUCGGACGCUGUGAUCGAUUUCGCGGUAGGACAUUCAGCAGAAGAUUGGACCACAGAGGUAGUUGAUAUAGGUACUUCCGAUCAUUGUCAAAUUUUAUAUUCAUCUCCAUUUUUAACCGAAAAACACGUUGAUUUUAGAAAAACAAACUGGACCAUCUUUACUUUUUUCCUCAAAUGUGUAUUUCAAUAUUGGAACGCAUUUGUUUACAAUAUAGAUGAACCAGCAUUUUUUAUUCUUUUUUCAAAAUUUCUUAAAGUGUUAUGGGAUCGGGUUAGUACUUACGAAACAGUUCUUAAAUAUCGGCCACCUUGGCCUCCAUAUUUAGUGUCAUUAGCUAAACAAGUCAAUAGUAUGAGACAGGAGCAUGCAAAAAUUGCCAUGACAGCUUUAGAAGAAUAUUCUAAAGAUAUUCUCUUACCAGUCAAUGUCGAUAAAACGAAAAUCAUGUUGUAUAUUUAG